AUGGUUCAUAACACAGAGCCCGUCUACAACACCUGCACCUUCAGCUCGGGCAGCUUAGCUCCGAUGGCGGACCUCCGCACCGACGAAACCUCGCCGUUCCUCCAACGGCCUGGUAGUCCAGCGUUGUCCCGAGAGGAGGACCAACGUCAGGAGCAGCACCCCGCGGCCGCACGGAAGCUCACCCUGGUCAACGGCCUGGCCAUUGUCAUUAGCCUGCAGAUCGGCUCGGGCAUCUUCAGCGUGCCCUCGCAGAUCAGCCAGUUCGUCUCGGCCCCGGGCUACGGUCUGUUGGCAUGGCUGUUUGGCGGGCUGCUCGUAUGGACAGGCGCGGCGUCCUUCAUCGAGCUGGGGUUGAGGAUACCCAACAACGGAGGGAUCCAAGAGUACCUCCGGGCGUGCUACGGCGAGUUUGCCGGGUUUCUGUUUACAUGGGUCUGGUGCACCAUCAUCAAGCCGGCGGCGAACUCAAUGAUUGCUACCAUUUUCGCCGACUACCUCACCGAGGCGUUCGUCCCGGACAACCAGCCACCGGAGCCCUGGUUAUCAAAGGUGGUAGCGGCCGGGUGCAUUGUCACAAUGACGCUCGUCAACUGUCUGGGCGCAACGGCGGGCGCGAAAGCGGCUAACCUGUUCCUGUUCCUGAAAAUGGCUGCCCUUGCAACCAUCAUUAUUCUGGGGUGCGGCGUCUGGGCGUUCGGUCAUGGGGAAGGGGUCCCUUCGUCUGAAUACGGGUGGUUCGGCCAGCGGCCCGACCAACGUGAGGUUGGUCUGUGGGAGUGGCUAGGAAACUUCGGGACGGCAACCUUUGGGGCUCUGUGGUGUUAUGCGGGCUGGGAAAUGGUAGGGUUUGUCGCGGGAGACAUGAAGAAUCCUCGUAGGGAUCUGCCCAUCGUGAUUAAUGGCUCGAUGAUGCUAGUCAUCACUGGCUUCAUGCUGAUGAAUGCUGCCUUGUAUGUCUGCCUGCCAAUGAGUGUUAUGCAGAACAGCAGUACAGUGGCAGUGGAGUUCGCAAAUCGGGUUCUCGGCAGCUGGGCCGGUGUCCUCUUCUCCGUAAUCGUCUCCAUCUCGGCGAUGGGCGCUCUGAACUCGAAUGUCUUUGCUACCGCCAAGCUCGUAGUUGUUGCAAGCCAGCGAGGUUAUUUUCCCGCUGUCUUGGCAAACCUGCAUUGCAGCAGUGAGAAGGACGAAGCUGGUUAUGUCGAUGAACAACUCUCUGCUUUGCCGAGGCUGCUCGGAGGACCUAUCAAAGGUUUCGUUUCGUGGACUCAAAACCGACGUUGGCGCAGAAACGUGCCCAUUUUCCCACUGCUGCUGAACUGCGGCUUAUCGGUUGUCUACGUUGUCGUGGGUAGCUUCAACGGCCUUGUAACAUUCAUUGGCCUGGCGGCGUACAUGAUUUUCUUCUCGUCCGCUGUUGGACUCAUUCUGCUUCGACGGAGAGACCGUCGUGCACCAGUAGCAAAAGCGGCCGAGUACAGAACUUGGCUCAUCAACCCCAUCAUUUUCAGUGCCAUUAGUGGUCUGUUGGUGGUCAGAGGUGUCAUCACGGAUCCUUUGCAGGGCGCGGCCAUCCUCUUGGUCGCCCUUUUCGGCUUGGCCUUCUUUUCACUCAGAUUCGGGUUGCGUGGCUUCACCAACAGGCAAGAGGCAGGAUGA